AUGCAUCUUGCAUUGCAACGCUGGAGGACUUCCCCGGGAUACGAACUAUCCCAGUCACCCUGGAAAAGACAUUCUCAGACCAGAAAGCGGAGCGACAGUCGAGGGCUGACUGAACGCGAUGAGGCGAUGGAAGAGACAGAAGGGGCAGAUGACUUUGCCAUGAAAGGCAAAUGGGUCAAAAAGCCAAAAUGGCACCCUGUGUUGCUGAUGGCGUCGAAGAAGACCCUGUCAGCAGUUGAUUAUGUCCUCUUCUUCGGGUCUCUGUUGCUCACCCUCCUCGUGGGGAUGUAUCAAGCAUGGAAGGGGCGCAGGGACUCGGCAGAGGAGAUGCUCGUCGCCUCGAAAGGCCUCUCUCUCCCACCUGUCGUACUGUCAUUGGCAGCAACUUAUCUAUCUGCCAUCGUACUCUUAGGAACUCCGGCAGAGAUCUAUGCAAAUGGGAGUGAGUGGUGGAUGCAAAUAGUAGGGUAUACCGUAGGUACAGUAUUGGCAACUCUGGUCUUCGUCCCCGUCCUGCACCCACCGAAGUUCGCGAGCCUUUAUACGUACCUGGAGAUGAGAUUCGAGUCGAAGCUGAUGCGAUGGACAGGGACGUUAUUGUAUAUUCUUGGGACCACCUUAUACAUGGGACUCGGGCUGUACGCUCCGGUCAUUGCCGUAAGCUCGGUCACUGAUUUUCCCGAAUGGAUCGGUAUUGCCGUUUGCGGCGGAUUGUGCACCGUCUACACUGCCAUCGGUGGCCUGAAGGCCGUGGUCUGGACUGACGCCAUACAAAUAUUCCUCAUGUUAGCUGGUAUUCUGGCCGUCAUAAUAUACGGUGUUGUGGAUGUUGGAGGUUUCCAGCAAGUUUGGAACAUUGCCCAAGAAUACAAUCGAACCGAGUUCUUCAAUACAUCUUUGAGCCCAUUCGAGAGGCACAGCUUCUGGUGGAUAUUUCUAUCUAUCACCUGCACUUGGUUUACCGUCAAUGGACCAACACAAUCUGCUAUGCAACGCUACAAUAGCGUACCAACAAUGCGGAAAGCCCAACUGUCGGUCCUGCUCGUGAUUCCAAUUGGGGUUGGGAUCAUCUCCUUGUCCUGCUUCUCAGGAUUGGUUGCUUUCGCCAGUUACAAAGGAUGUGAUCCUUUGAAAGCAGGCCUCAUCAAGAAAAAAGACGAAAUCAUCCCCUACUUCGUCAUGGACAAGUUGGGACACCUCGUUGGGCUCCCGGGAGUUUUUUUGGCAUGCUUGUUUGCCGGUGCUCUCAGUACAAUAUCUUCAGGAAUGAACUCUGUGGCUGCAGUGAUCCUCGAGAGUGUUCAACAGACCAGCUUUGGGAAACAUCUCAGUCCUAAACAGACAGCGACAUAUACAAAGUUAAUCGCAACUGGGAGUGGACUGGUGACAAUAGCCCUAGCUUUCGCGGUCGGUAUAUUGGGUGCUGGGCUUAUGCAAAUGGUCGUGACUAUCACUGCCGUCACAUCGGGACCAACUCUGGCUCUCUUUCUCACGGCUGUCCUCUUCCCAUUUGUCAACAAGCACGGCGCAUUUGUGGGAGUGAUUGCGUCUUUGGCGACAACGUCUUGGCUUGGGUUUGGAGCCUAUAUAGUGGGAGUCCCAGGCCCUAUCCCAUUGGAUUCAUCUGUGGAUGCCUGCAAUUUCAACGUGACCCCAUCCCCCACUUCACUGCCACCUGAUAUCGACGAGUGA